CAGAUCUGCCUGUUGAAGAGUUAAAAGCUUCCAGGAAGUAGCAAGAAAAAAAACUCAGCUGCUUAGAGAGCACCGUUCAGAAGUGCAUGGCAUGUCACGGACGCCAGGCCUCUCUAGGUUUCGCCACUCCACUCCACCAUGAUCAACACUUACCAGACCAGCCUGGCUCCUCCGCCGGUGCCUCCACGCCACAGCAGGUCUCAACCGGUCCUCAUCCCGGCUCCACUUCCAUCACAAGGCCACAGCAAGUCUCUCCUCAGGUUUUUGGUUGGCGCAGUGUUGCUGCAUUUAUUCCUGUCAGUUGGAGGAUUCAUCUAUCUGUACCACAAUGGCAAAAUGGGCCUACAGGGAAGACUUUCCUCAGCAGAAGGAACUGCGACUUAUCUUUCAUCAGAAAAGCAGGAAACUUCCUCUAAAAUCUUGGCACGCAUGGUAGUUGAGCACACAACAGUACAGACUCCUAAACCGGGUUAUCUCCCGUGGGACACGAAGCACUCAGUUCUUAAGGACAUCAACUACUACCGCAAAAGUUGGUUGACUAUCCUGCAGCCUGGUGACUACUACGUCUACUCCAGGGUGACCUUCUCCAAGGGCGGCUCUCAGAGGCCGCUGGCCAGCAUGAUCAUGCUGAGGAAGCAUGAGACAGGAGAGGAGAAGACUGUGAUGCAAGCAUUCUGCAAUCUGGAUGUCCAGAGUGGGUCUGCAUCAAUCCCUCGCAUGUGCACAGCCUCACAGGGAGAUGUGAUCACACUGGAGAAAGGAAACCAGCUCAGUGUCUGGGUACAAGACCUUUCACUGGUGAACUACGAGGAAGGAGCCACAACCUUUGGGAUGUACAAACUGUAGGACUAUAGGAGCAGACACAUGGACCUAAGCUGAAAAGUGGGAACUCAUUAAGUUGAUGGAAGCCACUGAGAACACAGUAUACUGGAUAAGUAAUCAAACUAAUUGUUUCUGGUCUUUUUUGACCACAUUCCUAAACUAUAAUUUAUUAAAUCAGAUAAAAUGUUUGUGUUUUUUUUUGUGGCAGUAUUGUGAAUGGUUGGUGUAUUUAUUUAUGUAAAUGAGAAUGUGUGGCUGUGAAAUGAAACUCAAUAUUUAAUCCAAAACAUUUCUUCUCUUCUCAGUUUGUCUUGCAUCUGACUCAUUUUCAGGAGUUAGUUAGACCCAAAGGAUACACACACAUAAGACACACAUAUUUGAUGUUGAUUUGAAGUGUUGCAUUACACAGUUUAUCUGUGUGCAUGUCCCAGUAUGGGGCACAUCUGCAGAAGAUCUUAAAUGGUAUAAAGGAAAGACAUGCAGCAUUGAGAUGCUCCAUAAUUCAGAAUUAUGAUCAAACUUAAAUUCGCUCUGAAGCACAAAAACCCACUGCGUUACUGUUUCAGGCUCUACCACAAUGGUUUUAAAUUUCUAGGACACAGAACACACUUAGCGAAGAUGCAUUUCCUCAUGAUGGUAAGCCACAAAAAACAUCAUCAACAGAUGUAGGUUACCACUCACGAAGGGCAAUUAGACGUAUAUCAUUUUGAUGAUGUAUCUAAAGAUUAUGAAUCCAACUACAUGGUGUUUUUAGGGGUACAAGAAAAAUCGUAAAGGAAACGUGAUUAUUUUAAGGACUUCAAAGGGAGCUACAGAUUUUCCUCUUUUGUGUUUUUCCUUCCUUCCACGAUGCCAUUGGUUCCAGUUCAUUUCCAUAUGGCCUAUGAAUCAUUUAUCAAACUCUUGAAAUUUAUCUGAGUUGUGUAAUCCAUCACAUUAAAAAAAAAGAUUUUAUUCCUGUUCUUUAUUGCCAUGACGUGAUACAGUUUAAAUGUAUAGGCACUACCUCACAAUAAAACUUUGACACACAA